AUGAGGUUGCAAAGCAAUGCGAACGAUACACGUUUGAAAGAAUUGAGAGAUUUUUCUAAUUGGAUCUUGAAAGUUGGGGAUGGUAGCAUUGAAAGUUCAAUUGAUGGAAUAGACAAAGUUUUAAUACCAAAUGAUCUUCUAAUAAAUGAGUAUACUAAUCCAAUAGCAUCUAUUGUUGAAAGUACCUAUCCAGAUUUCAUCACUAAUUGCAAUGAUAUCGAAUACCUUCAACAAAGAGCCAUUCUUGCUCCAACUCUUGAUAUGGUUGAAUCGAAUCAGUAUAUGAUCACCCUUAAUCAUAAUCCUGAGAAAUCAUAUUUAAGAUCUGAUAAAAUUUGCAGGUCUGAUCAUACUUAUUCAGCUUUAGAGCAUGUACACACCCCUGAAUUUUUGAACAAUAUUAAAUGUUCUAGCGUUCCAAAUCAUUCAAUCACUUCAAAGGUUGGGGUUCCAAUGAUGUUACUAAGAAAUAUUGAUCAGUCAGCAGGAUUAUGUAAUGGAAUUAGAUUGAUUGUUACUAAACAUGGAAAUCAAGUAAUUGAAGCAAAGGUUUUAUCUGGACAGAUGAUUGGCCAGAAGAUGUUUAUUCCAAGAAUGACUUUAACACCUUCAGAUUCAAGAAUUCCUUUUAAGUUUCAAAGAAGACAGUUUCCUAUAACUAUAUCAUUUACUAUGACAAUCAAUAAGAGUCAAGGACAAUCUUUAUCCUAUGUGGGCUUAUUUCUGAAGAUGCCAUUGUUUACGCAUGGAUAA